GUAUGUAAUUUUCCCGCUUUCGCUUGUCCAGUAAGUCUGACCCUCUGAAAGAAAAAGAAAACUGUAAACGUGGAAAAAUGAAAUUAUCAAAAUCCACCACACCACUCCAUCAUCAAAAUUCAAAACCCUCCGUUUCCUCAAUAAAGCUCCCCUACCACACGCUGUCCACGGUGUUGCUUCUCUUACACGCCACAUCACCCUUCGCUUCUUUCCAUUAUUGUUUAAUUAAUUACCGCUGCUGUUCUUUGACAGUGUCGUUGAAAGCUCGAAAUGGCUACUGCCAUUCAUUAAAGAAGGAGCACUUGUCCGGAGAUAAUAGACCAGAAAGGAAUAAGUAUUUUGAGUUUGUUUCAUUUCUCUUCGUUUAUAUCAAAUUCAAAUGAUAGAUUUUCCUUUUCUGCUAUCUUAACCUAAAAAUGCCGCAACAAGAAGCUUCUUCAACACCUCGAAGCUCCGCUUAUCUCAACGCUCUCUCUCUAGAAAUCGAGAAAAAGCUUCAGCGGGCAUUAACGUCUGCAUGUCAGAGACGCAACUUAUUACAAGAAUUAUUCGCCGAUAUAGCUUUGGAAGUCGAUGAUCGAGCCAAAGAUAUAAUUCUAAGUAGGGAAGAAGAUGUUAUAUCUCCUGCAAAGUACGGUAUUAAUGGUCAAUUAUGCUUUUAUGAUGUUCUUGCUGAUUAUUAUGUUCGAGUGCCCGAGAGUGGAAAGCCCAGACUUGAUUUGAUUGUGCAACUGUGGAGCCAGUCAUUUGCAAGUCACGUUUUCGCCCUUUUAUUCCAUAAAUGGUUAUUUGAAGUUCAACUGGAUAAUGCAGAUGUACUACUACGUUAUUCCUCAGCGCUUGCUCAGGGUGCAACAAAUGUUUUCUGGAUUGAUAUCCAAUCAAAUACAAGGCGUUUCCAGUCUCUCUUUCAGUACCUCCUUGAUGAAGUUGCAUUGGAGCCGACUCAGUUAAAUAAAAUUUCAGUGCAGGCCCAACGAGAUCUUUACCUUUUACUUUCAAGAUUCAUAUUCUUUUACAACUCAGUUGAAAAACUUGAAAGCUUCUUAAAGCAGUGUCCCACUUUUUCAAAUGCUUUCCUGAUUGGUGGACCUGCAGAUAUACUUGUUAUUGAACUAGCAGAUCAGCUUCAAAAAUUAAAGGUGGAGCCAGUCCUACUGCAUUAUCUUCUGCAGAUUAAGGUUCUCCAAGGCAUGGAACUGAGAAUGGCCACAAGUACACGGUUGAAGACCUGUUUGUAUAGCUUUACUUCUCCCGGUGGUCCAAUGUAUCCUACAAGGGCUGUCCGUCAUGCAGCUUGGGACACCUUAGAUUUGCUUUUUCCUGUUGGACGUUACCCUCGACGUCUUAUAAGUUUGCUCUUUAGACUAUUAUAUCCCUGGUAUUGGUCUUCUUCAUGUGGGAACUUUAUAGUGUCUUGCAUAAAGGCUGUGUUUUAUUUCUUGUUGAGGUUGAUCUUUUCUAGUUGGGGGAAGCUUAGAGAGCCAAAAAGGGCUUAAACAUCCGCCAAUUUCAAACAGUGGUGCAAUAAGUUAUGCACUCAACAACUUGAAGUUGUAUGAUUACAUGAAUUUAGUAAGUAUAUACUUUUUCUGUCUCACUGUAUUUGUUCCUUACUGAAUUUUUGAGUCAAAAGGAAUUUAACUUUGAUAAUUAUUUUUUAAUAAAAUCAUAAAACUAAAAAUUUUUUAAAAA